GCUACAUACGAUGAUAAACUGUAUUUUAAAGAAUCUGAAUAAAAAUGCAGUCUUCCACUUCAUCAACUUAGCAGUAAUGUUUUUAAAGUGCUUUUACCACACACAAUCCAGGUGGUGGUGAUUCCACAUUAGAAAACUUGUUUAACAGAGAAAUUACUUUUAUUUUAAUGUCUCGUGGCACCCCCCUGGACCAUGCCUCCCCGAGCAGCGAGCCACAUUCAAAAACCGCCAAUAAUAUAAAAAUAUGUCACUAAAGAAGCUCAGUUGUGGUCUUUAAGAUAAAUUUCUCCACAAGCCACAAGACAUGAAUUCAUAAUCCCAAUAUGUGUGCACAUUUUAAAAGACUAACAUUGGUGCUGCUAAUUUCUAUAAAUGUGGAAGCAAUCAGCUUUGCUUUUAUAUCAGCCAGAAAAAAUACAUCACAUACAAUUUAAGCAAAAAUUAAGCACUUAUGAAAUUACAAAAGUUCAAAAAGUAACAGCGUGAAGGAAUUUUUGCAGGCAUUAAGUAUUUCAAGACCAUUUCUUUCGACCUUAUCAGUGAGAGCAAUUCAUUUUUUACACCUUGAGAAACCCCUUCCCCUUUCAUAUGGGGAUUUUCUUUGGCUUCAGUACAGUCAGUAAGUAUGAGCAGAAGAAAAUGCAGCCAACAGUAAUGCUUCAUUUAAAAGAAAAUGAAAGAAAAGAGGGAAAUACAGCUUGGUAAGCAGGUAGAGUCCUCAGCUCUGCUCUCAGGGAGGUGGGAGGGUUGGGGACUACUGAUGGAGUUGGGAUGUACCGGCACAGGAUUGGUGGAUGGCUGCUCCAGAUGUGGCUCCAUGCCAAGCCCUUAUGUCUUUAUAUACUGUAAUCAGAUGAGGGGACAGCCCUGAGUGAGCAUCGCACCCACUCUGCGUCUUUCCUGCAGCUCCCCUGGUCUCCAGCAUCCACAGGUCUUCUCCUCUGCACCCCAGGCUCUGAACACAAUGGCCAAGCAGACCCUCAUCCUCAGUCUGUGGCUCCUGGCUGGGAGCCUCUUCACCGAGGCGACCUACUACCGCCACCACCGCUACAUCCCACACUUCUACCGCUACAGGGAGCCCUCCACCAACACAGAAAACCUCCUGCCCGACGUCGCAAACCCGGCGCCCGAAGUCUCGCAGUCCGGCAACCCGACCUACCCCGAGGUCCCCGAGGUGUUCCACCCGGCGCCCGAAGUUGUCCACACUAUCCCAGAGGCUAUCCACCCGGUGCCCGAAGUCGUGCAUCCGGCACCUGAGAGCCAUCACGUGCUGCAGGUCCCCGACAGAAAUCGUGACAGUCGGGUUUUUUACGGGAUCAUGUUUGAUGCUGGGAGCACCGGGACCAGGAUCCACAUCUACAAGUUCAUUCAGAAGGAUCCCGUUGAGCUGCCUGUUCUGGACAAUGAAAUGUUCCAUGCAGUGAAACCUGGACUGUCUGAAUAUAAGGACAACCCUGAGGAGGGUGGGAACACCAUCCGCCAGCUGCUGAAGAUUGCCAAGAAGACAGUGCCAGAGGAGGAGUGGAGGAGGACGCCGGUGGUCCUGAAGGCCACGGCCGGUCUGCGCCUGCUGCCCCUGGAGAAGGCCAGUGCCCUGCUGAAAGAGGUACGAGAGGUUUUUGAAGAAUCACCUUUCUAUGUGCCAGAGAACAGCGUUUCAAUCAUGAAUGGAGCGAAUGAAGGAGUCCUCGCCUGGGUCACAGUGAACUUCCUCACAGGCCAUUUGUAUUCCAACACCAGGAGGACAGUGGGGAUUCUGGAUUUGGGUGGAGGAUCUACUCAAAUCACUUUCCUUCCAAAAUCAAAGAAAACAAUUGAAGUUGCUCCGAGAAGUUUCACAGCCAAAUUCAACCUGUUCAACCACACAUAUGAACUCUACACACACAGCUACCUUGGAAAUGGACUAGUUGCCGCCCGCCUCGCAACACUUGGAGCACUAGGAGCCGAUGGACUGGAUUGGAAAGUCUUCACUAGUUCCUGCCUCCCGAAAAAAUACAGAGAAGAAGUGAAAUUUGGAGGGGACAGCUAUAAAGUUAGCGGGAUUCCAGGCGGAUAUGCAGGCUAUAAACUGUGCUACUACGAGGUCAUGAGGGUCGUCAAGGGAAAUUUUCACCAACCGUACGAAGUGAAAGGCAGCAGCAUCUUCUAUGCUUUUUCCCACUACUAUGACAGAGCUGUGCAGACCGGCCUCGUCAGCAGUCUAGGUGGUGUGGUUGAAGUAAGAGACUUCAAGAAGAAAGCCAAAGAAGUGUGCAACAAAAUGACCAAAUACCGUGCCAUCAGCCCUUUCCUCUGCAUGGACAUGACAUAUAUUACUUGCCUGCUAAAGGAGGGCUUUGGCUUCAAGGACAGCACCGUGCUGCAUCUGGCGAAGAAGGUGAACAAUGUGGAGACCAGCUGGGCUCUGGGGGCGACCUUUGACUUCUUCAGGAACUUCAACAUCCACCAAGACUAGCUGCAGUCGCUGCCGCUGGCACUGAGAGGGACAGUCUGUCACUGUGGGGCCUCCUUUCCUCUGACCACCCAACCUCCUCAAUUCUUACUAAAACCUCAUCAUCCUGCAAACACUAAAUGAACUCUUUUUUUUUUUAAGAAAAAAAAGAAGAAAUCACUAUAUUUUUAUAAGGCCAGCUUUUUCUACUGUAUAUCGAGCUCAUCGUUGGUGGGUUGACUUUAUUUUUUAUAAAACGUUUACAUGUUUCCUAAUGGGUGGCGGACCUGAAAUGUCUUUCUGGCCAACCUGUAAAGGGUAAAGAGGGAAACUUUGGAGGCAGUGAUAGGAGCCAUGGUAUUUUGGUGCUUACUGUGGUCCUGGUGUGCGCUGUGCAGAACAGUGGAAUAAAUUUAGACAAUAGUUGCCGGAGCCGCAACCACAAUUGUCUUUCUAGAUGCUUGUAAAUCUGUUCUCUUUUUAUUCUAGCUGUAAAUCUUUUUUUUUUUUUUUUAUACACAGGGGCCCAGUUAAUUUGCUCUUGCCAUUAGACAAAUAAGACAUCAUUGGAAACAGAGCAGUUAACUACCAGACAGCUUCUUUUUCCUCAACAUCGCACAAAACACUUUAACUGCAGUUAUUGUAGCCAAGACAUGACUAUUUGCUUUGACUUCCUUUACAGAGUUGUAUAUAUUUAUCAUUAUUUGGGUUUUUUCUUAAAAAGACAUGCUGUAGGAAAAUGCCUCUAACAUUGAAUGAACCAGUAUAGUCUGUUCCACCAAGUGCAGGAGAGAAAAAAUAUAUUUUAUCUUAUUUUAUUGUGACUCUGGAAGCCACUCAAGGAUCCAGCAGCAUUGUCUGCAGCCAUUUAAUGAUACAUAAACCCAAAUUACAUAAAACAUGUCUGGGAACUAUGCUUUCUUUACUUUUUGUGAAUUGUACAAAUAUUUAAAUAGUUGAAAGUUUAUUAUUUUUUAUUAUCUGUACUCAAUAACAUGUUACUGCUCUUCCUACAAUAUCCCGUGUUUUCAUUAUUCACCAUAUUCAGUUACUACUGCUGUACAUACACAAUGUAAACUUAGUGAAACUGUUUUUCAAUAUUUACAAAAUAAAUUGUCAUGGCGCACAAUUUCCAAGAAAUAUUUGUCAGUAUAAAAAGUCUGAUGUCUGAUCAUUUGUACAUUGUUUUUAAUAAAUGUUGUGACAAUAACCAAAUAGGUAUGUUUUAAUAAAACAUGAAAAUGUG